CAAAUGUUGCAAUCGCUUCAGCUGUUUCAUCCAUGGUGAGUAAAAGAACUUCUUCCUGAAGCUUUCCUUUGAGCUGUUGCCACCUGCGCUUGUGGUUUGACCCGUGUCCAUGCUGCCUGAUCAUCCUAUGGCGGCUGGGUCCUCCCACAACAGGAACAAUGGAUUUCUUGCAGAGGCCACAAUACCCGUUGGAACAGUCAUAGUAGUCUAUCUUCCUACAUCGAACGACCUGCACUAGUUUCUUGUGAUUCUUUCCCGCCUCGUGCACCGCUGCGGACGCCUUUGACCAGCCCACAAAGCAGUCACAUAGAUCACAGUGAUAUCCUUCUUUCUUGUAUUCCCUGCGGAAUGGGGAGACAAAGCGCCUGAGCCUUCUCUUCUGUCCUUUUUUACCAGGCAUGGUGACGAUGAUGUGAUAUGGUACUUCUUUUUCCUUUGGUUGCAUGCUAGCUCUACGCUCUGGAAAUUUUCAGGUUUUCAGGGGAGCAACGAUAACAGCGGUGCAAUCGAAACCCGGAGUUAUGAUAUUAUACAGUACAAUUCAAGGUCAGCGAUCAUGAUUGACGAUUGAAUGGUACACAGUGUAUGAUUCAAUCGACGCAAGUGAUGCAAGAAAGCAUGUCUGGCGGGGACUGCGUGCAGGAAUGACUCAAAAGAGGCCAGCUCGCCAGCUCCCAAGCAAGUCAUGCUUGUGUCAAUCGGUUCAGAGCUCAAUUGCACCGAGCGGUUUUGGUAGCCACGAGCCUUGGACGCUGUAUGAUUCAUUGCCGGCAAAUCUAUCCUGGAGAGAUCCCUCCUUUCCCUUCUCGAUGAUCUCAUAAAUCAAAAUCACAAACAAAAAACACAAUAACGAAAAAAACGAAAACUGGAAACGACAACAGCAACUUCAAGGAUACAAUGAGCCUACAAAAGUCUAUCAUUCUAGCUCUGCUUUCACUCAGUGCCAACCGAUCAAAUGCUGCCAUAUACACGCCAGAUACUUCACCACAAGCUCUAAGCAACAUGAGCGAAGAAGUGCUCAUGAUCAGUGUCAACAGUGUCUCCAACAUGGUUGGACAACAAGCUGGAUGCAUCACUGAUGUCCAAGUCACUGCCACUGUGGUUGGAGUUAACAAGACCACCCUGGGUUUUGAAACUGGAAACACGGUGAUCUUCAAUUCUAACUACAAAAAUGAGGGUUCAUCUCUUUGUGAUGGGUUUGUGGGACCCAAGGCUCCACCGAGGCUAUUUGAUGGCUGGGUCGGGUAUGCCUAUUUGAAUGAUGGAAGUGCCACAACAACAAGUGGCAUUUUGGGUUUGGCAGCCCAAGGAUUUAGCUUGCAAGAGGAGAUCUACUUUGGGCCCGGUCCAGUCAUUCUACCACAGGUGUCUACUUCAUCUGAGAACCAAGGAUCAGCCACAAAACCGCCCAGAACGUUGGUUGAGGCUCCUGUUAGUGAGAGCAGCAUGUACAACUCCUGCGAUGAAAACUUGCUCAUAAGUGUCAAGAGUUUGGUCGAAGUUGAAGGCCAAUCGCCUGGCUGCCUCGUGUACUAUCAUGUUACUGCUGAGGUUGCAGAGGCGAUGAAGACCACUCUUGGUUUCAAGGCUGGCGACGCUGUCAAGUUCACAUCAUUCUUCUAUAAACAAACCCAGGCUUGUCAAGGCAUUGCGGGUCCAUCGUCGUAUCCUUUGAAACUGGGCUGGUGUGGAAAGGUCUACCUUAAUGACAAUGGUGCUACAAGCAUGGAUGGUGCUCUGCAGCUGACGGCGCAUGGCCAGAGUUUCGAGGCUGCCGAUGCUGAUCAAUGUGCGACUGUGACUACAGUGCCACCUACCAGGAAACUGCGUGGUGCAUUGAAGGUCCAAAUGAGCGAAGAAGCUUAAGUUCUGAGCUGGAAUAGAGAAUCAAGUGAUAAUAAGAGGAAUAGAAAUCAGUGUUUGAC